AAACAUGAAUUCCGAUAGCACGGACAGUGACACAUCCACCCCUGACAGCAUACAUGACAAAUGUGGUGACAAGUCAGCGACUACUCACAGUAGCACUGCAUUAGUGGACACUGCGUAUUUGUUUUUUCAAAAGUCUUAUGGCGUAAUGGUGGAGGAGCUAUCUUGGAGGAAAUCCCGGAUAAGAAGUCCGAUCAAUGAGAGAAGAGACAAAAGAGGGGUGGAGGUACUGUGUAGCUGUUGGGCGAAGAUCAUGGCCCUGUGCUGUACUACUAUUAUGUACUAUGUACAUAAUGCAGUGUUGGUUUGAACG